CCUGGGAAGGGACAGCUCUAAGCUCAUCCCUGGGUUCUGAAAGACCACCCUUUUCUCUACCUCUCCCACCACCCGAUCUCCUGUCAGGAUCGCAGCUCAAGGCUUGUUUGCAGGUGUCCAAGUCCCAGGAGAGGAAAGACUAAGGAGCUCAGAACAUGAACAUCCCCAAGAACCCCCCAUCUGGGGCAGACAUGGCCAGUGGAGCAGACAUAGUCAGUGGAGAAGAGAUGGCCGGUGCAGUCCAACCGUGGCUGCCCCAGAACUUGGAGGAGCUGAAGGAGUUCCAGCUGCGGCUGCCUGAGAGGGAACUCUGUGAGCCUUCUCCCGGUGGGACCUCAGCUCAGCCAGAGAAGGCAAGUGGCAUGGAGGUGUCCUCACGCAUGGUGGCUCAACACGGGGAGGAGCAGACCCGCGACUUGACAUUCCACAUCUGGGAGCAGAUGGACAUGAGUGAGCCGCGUGUUCAGACCAGGAGCCUGAUGGUCUCUGAGUUAAAAAUCCCAGAAGAAUACCAGAACCAAAGGAAAGAGAAACCCUGCCACAUACAGUCAUGGAAGAAUGAGAAUUUCCAACAAAAAUUCACCCAGCUGCUACUUCUACACAGAUCUCAACCCAGAGACUAUAAGUUCCUGUUCUGGGAAGGAAAACAUGAGAUGGUGGUAGAGGAGCAAGGACAUUUGAUUGAAAUCGGAGACUUAUUUGGCCCAGGCCUGAGUACGCAGAAUGAGCCUCACACAAUCAUACUUCAUGGAGUUGCUGGAAUCGGGAAGUCAACACUGGCCAGGCAGGUGAAGAGAGAAUGGGAAGAAGGCCGGCUAUACAGGGACCGCUUCCAGCAUGUUUUCUACUUCAACUGCAGAGAGCUGGACCAGUUCGAGGAAAUGAGUCUCAGACAGCUCAUCACAAAAUACUGUGCUGGCCCUACAGAUCCCAUUGGACAGGUCCUGUCUCAGCCAAAACAGCUGCUCUUCAUCCUUGAUAAUUUAGAUAAAUCGAUGUGGCACUUGAAGGGGCAGAAUUCUCAACACUGUCUGCACUGGAACCAGCCUCACCAGGUGCCCACACUACUGGGCAGUUUGCUGAAGAAAACCUUACUUCCCGAGGCAUCCCUGCUGAUCACAGCUCGGAUCACAGAUCUGUGUAAGCUCAUUCCUUCUUUAAAGCAUCCACGCUGGGUGGAAGUCCUGGGUUUCUCCGAGUCUGCCAGGAAGGAAUAUUUCUACAAGUAUUUCACACGUGAAAGCCAAGCAAACAGAGCCUUUAGCUUUGUUGAAUCAGACCAGGCACUCUUGACCAUGUGUCUCAUGCCCUUGGUGUCCUGGCUGGUCUGCACUUGCCUGAAGCAGCAAAUGGAGCAGAGGCAACAACUGUCACUGACAUCCCACACCACCACAGCCCUCUGUCUGCAUUACUUUUUCCACGUCCUCCAAGCUCAGUCUCUCGGGACUAAGCUGAGGGACUUCUGCUCUCUGGCUGCUGAGGGUACUUGGCAAGGAAAGAUCCUGUUCGGACAAGGGGACCUCAGGAAACAUGGGUUAGAUGAGGCCAUCAUCUACACUCUCUUAAAGAUGGGUGUUCUUCAAAGGCACCCCACUUCUCUGAGCUACAGCUUCAUUCACCUGUGUUUCCAGGAGUUCUUUGCAGCAUUAUCCUGUGCAUUGGAGAAAGAAAGAGCCAGGGGUUUGAGAAAGUUGACAGAUAUGUAUGAGAUAAAUUCUCCAUUUGGGAUACCAACCACAUGUUUCCUAUUUGGCCUUUUGAGUGAGCAUGGGGUGAGAGAAAUGGAGAACAUCUUCAAAUGCAAGCUAUCUCGGGAGACGGAUGGGGAACUGCUACAGUAUGCUAGAGAGGAGCUCCAGCGCAGAAAUUCCUCCCUGCCACCAUAUUCUUGGCAGUUGCUCCACUGUUUGUAUGAAAUUCAGGAUGAGAAGUUCCUGAGACAAAUGUUGACCCCUUUCCAAAGAACGAGGGUGUACAUCCAAAAUGAUAUGGAGCUCCUGAUGUUCACUUUCUUCUUUAAAUGCGACUAUGUGAAGAGUCUUCACCUGAAUAAUGGUGGACAAUACAGACAAGCACAGAUGCCCUUUGAUGUCGUUCUGUCCAGCUGGGUCCCAUUCACAGAUGCCUGGUGGAAGAUUUUCUUCUCCGUUCUCAAAGUCAGUGGAAGCCUCACGGAGUUGGAUCUGAGUGGAAACUUCCUGAGCUGCUCUGCAGUACAGAGUCUUUGUGAGGUCCUGAAAUGUCUUCGCCGCCGCCUGCAGACCCUGAGGUUGGCCAGCUGCGGCCUCACAGCAGAAGGCUGCAAGGACCUUGCCUGUGGCAUGAGUGCCAGAAGCACCCUGAUCAACCUGGAUCUGAGCUUCAACAUGCUUCUGGACGCCGGAGCUAAGCACAUAUUCCAGAAGCUGAGAGAGUCAAGCUGCAAGCUUCAGCAACUGCUGCUGGUCAGCUGUGGCCUCACAUCCAGCUGCUGCCAGGACCUGGCCUCCAUGCUCAGUGCCAACUCCAACCUGACACAGUUAGACCUGCAGCAGAAUGACCUGGGUGACCUCGGCAUCAGGCUGCUCUGUGACGUGCUCAGACAGCCUACCUGUCAACUCAGGCUCUUGAACCUGGACCAGCCUCAGCUGAGUGAGGAAGUGACACAGAUUCUGAAAACCCUGGAGAAGGAGAAGCCUCAGCUGCUCAUCAUCAACAAAAAAGGAGAGCACCCCUCAAGUAACACAGGUAGAAACUUCUGUCUGUCUUCUCCUGCCCCUCCAAGGGACCUAUUCAUGCAACUUCCGGACACUAAAGAUGGCUUCUUGGGCCCCGAAGGGCCUGUGGCUACUGAGGUAGUGGACAAAGAGAGGAGCAUGUACCGAGUCCACUUCCCUGAGGAAGGCUCCUACUACUGGCCCAACACGGGUCUCCGCUUUGUGGUGAAGCAGUCAGUGACCAUUGAGAUUGAAUUCUGUGUCUGGGACCAGUUCCUAAACAAGCCUGAUCUACAGCACAGUUGGAUGGCUGCAGGGCCUCUUUUCGACAUCAAGGCCCAUCCAGCAGCAGUGGAGGCUGUGCACCUCCCUCACUUUGUAGCCCUGCAAGGGGGUCAUGUGGACGUCUCCCUGUUCCAAGUGGCCCACUUUAAAAAGCAGGAACUAUUCCUGGAGAAGCCAGCCAAGGUGGAGCCGCACUACAUAGUCCUGAAAAACCCCAGCUUCUCCCCCAUUGGAGUUCUACUAAGAAAGAUCCGUGCUGCACUGUACAUUCCUAUCAGGUCCAACGUGUUGCUCUACCAUCACCUCCAUCGUGAGGAAGUCGCCUUCCACCUCUACCUGAUCCCCGAUGACUGUUCAAUUCGGAAGGCCAUAGAUGAUGAAGAAAAGAAUUUCCAGUUUGCGCGAAUACACAAGCCACCCCCGCUGAUCCCUCUGUACAUGGGCUCCCACUACACUGUGUCGGGUCCAGAGAAGAUGGAAAUAGUCCCUCAGGAACUGGAGCUCUGCUAUCGGAGUCCUGGUAAAUCCCAGCCCUUCUCUGACCUCUGCAUUGGCCAUUUGGGGUCAGGGAUCAGGCUGAAAAUGAAAGACAGGAAAGAUAAGACUGUAUGGGAAGCCUUGGUAAAAUCAGGAGACCUCAGACCUGCAGCUACUCCAGUCCCUCCGGACCUGAUAGAUAACCCAACCUUUUCACACUUUCUGGACCGGCAUCGGGAACAGCUGGUGGCUCGAGUGACAUCGGUGGACCCUGUCCUGGACAAGCUGUAUGGACGGGUGCUGAGCAACGAGCAGUAUGAGAGGGUGCGGGCUGAGUCCACCAAGCCGGACCAGAUGCGGAAGCUGCUCAGCUUCAGCACGUCCUGGGACUGGACCUGCAAAGAUCAAUUCUACCGAGCCCUGAAGGAGACCCAUCCUCACCUAAUUAUGGAACUCUUGGAGAAGCAGGAGCAAAGGAGGCUACACGGGCUCUGCACAAGCUCAGCAGCUGAGGUCUGAACAGCUGCUUGUGAGUCCUGGCUCUGCCUGACCACUCUUUACGUCUCAGUUUCUUCAUCUGUAAACAUGUUGCCAUCUGAGUUGCCUUCUAGCCCUAAAGUUAUAGAACUUUGAUGAUGGCUUUGCUGGGCAUUACAUGUCUAUGGAUGUCAAACGGUCACCCAGACUGCCUUCCUUGGCAUUCACAGGCCAGCUGUUCAAGUGGGAUGACAGCAUCUCAGAGAAUGUCCAUCUGCAGCUGACAGGACAUCUGCAGACCUUGCAGAAGCCUAACCUAAGAGCCUCAUCGAGUGGUGACGACAGUCAAGCCUAGAACCAUCCCUGUGCCAUUCAGAUGCAGGAUUACGGCAGUAGGGGAAUGGGGAGGACUGGACAUGUCCAGCUGCAGACAGACAAUGGAAAUGGACAGUUUGGGAGUUUUGAAUGGUUGGUGAAUAGGAGGGGAAAAAAAGGUUUAUUUUUCACUUGUCUUUGUUGAGCUUGAUUUUUCUAUUAGUGGAUUGUGCUUUGUUGUUUCUGAAGUCUAGGUGAAUUCCUAGAGCCAGGAGAGGGGUGAAGAAGGAGGCUGCAGGGGAAAUGGAGUCAAGGUUUUAGCUUAGAUGACUCCUUCUGUGGAAAGUGAUUCCAUGCCCUUAUACCUGGCUUAGGUACCACUGUCCUGUGCCCCUGCAGCACCUCAUGUCCCCCACCCCAUCAGAGCACUCAGCACAUGGCAGUGUCCUUCAUGUGUCAUUGCUGGUCUCUCCCCACUAGAUGUUUAGAUCCCUGAGGGCAGGAACCAUGUCUGAUCUGCUCAUCAGUUUCUUCCCAGUGCCUAGGACAGUGACUGGCACAUGGUGGGUAUUGAGUGAGGACUUAUUGGUAAGUAAAUGGUAAAGAAACAGUCCCCACUGACAUCCUGUCAUUCCUUUCCUGGCUACCAUACUGUCUAUGUAAUCCAGGGAUCCACCCUGGUAACAAUUCCCCAGUGAGUAGGCCACCCCGUGGCCUCAGUGAAUCAGUAAUCUUAGAAUUCAAACCAUUGUUGUUGAAAGAUUUAUACCAGUGUUGUUCUUAACGUGUGAGAGCAAAGCUUCACUCAGGCUGCCUGAGCCUAAGACACAGCGGUCCAAGUUGAUUGUGCC